CAAACUCCAUCAGUUUAAAAAUAAAUAAUGCGGUUGGAGGGAGAAACUGUGGCUUGAAGGGGAAAAGAGAAACAGGCCGAUGGAUAUAAAAAUUAUAAAUGUUAAGAGAAGAAGGGUAGCAGGAAUGUUUCGGCGCGGGGUUAUGACGUCACGGAGUCCCACAGACUGGUUAUUUUGACUCGUUCAGGUCCGGACAGUCACCGACCAACAUCGGCCCAAACUGCAAGCCAUGUGUCUGCUGCUGGGAGUUACCGGGGUGGGGAAAACUCUGCUGCUCAAGAGACUGCACAAUAUGUGUUCGAAAGAAAGCACUGAGGAACUGGGUCAGCCUCCCCCUACACUACCCACGGUGGGAACUAAUCUAACUGACCUCGUGGUUAACAAGAGGAGAUUUACCAUUCGGGAACUAGGAGGCUGCAUGGCCCCCAUCUGGCCAAGUUACUACAGAGAUUGUGAGGCUGUGAUUUUUGUGAUCGACGCCGCAAAUCCCACUCAGGUUUCCUCGUCCUGCAUUCAGCUCCUCUCGCUCGUAGCUGCUGAACUGCUCCAACAAAUACCAGUCCUAAUUCUCUUCAACAAAGUUGAUCUGCCCUGCUCCAUGUCACGUGUGGAAAUGAAAAGCCUGUUCAGGAUGGAUGACAUAAUUGCCUGUGCGAAACAGCACAUCAGCAUAAUGGAAGUUAGCGCGUGGGAUGGCACUGGGCUGGAUGAGGUCUUAAAAUGGAUUUAUUCACACAAGGGCAGACGCCUUACCGUGCCAUAGACAGAACCCUCCAUCCCACGGAGCUGUGAAUACUCACAGCAGGUAGAGGAGAACCCAGAGAGAGGAGAUACUGAGGGAAUGUGACAGUCGACUCAAAGCAAUUGGAAUGGAGGAGGUUGACACUGUCCCCUGGAACUGGAGAUGUAAACUCUGGACUGGAAUGAGAAGGACUUUGCAAGAGAGUGAUGUAUCCUAUACAGUGAUUCAAGUUGUUCGAGUUAUGAACAGAAGCAAUUUGAGACACUAGGUAGUACCUGUUUCCUUAGGCAUUCAUGCAGGAAGCAAACAGAAGCGAUGGUGGAAUCAGCAACACAGUUACGUCGAAGCAGGAUCAAGUGAUCAUCCACACCAGCUUCAUUUUAAACGAUGCCAGGCUUUUGUGGUCACACCUUGUGUAAGUUGACACUGUCCUUUUGCAACUCAAACCACAGCCACAAAAAUCAGCUCGUUCUAAAAGUUCCUCUUAUUAAAAUCAAUUUAAACCUUGCUGUAUA